AUGGCAAUGGCGGGAGCCGAUCACCCAUGCAGCAUCUGCAUGGAGCCCAUGGCGUCCUCCGAGGUCCACCGCGGCGGCGGCGCCUGCGUGCACGCGUUCUGCCGCGCGUGCCUGUCCGGCCACAUCCGCGCCAAGGUCGAGACCACCGGCGGCGCCGUGGUGCGGUGCCCCGACCCGUCGUGCGCCGGGGCGCUAGACCCGGAGCUCUGCCGCGUGGCUCUCCCUUCCGACGUGUUCGAGCGGUGGUGCGCCAAGCUCUGCGAAUCCAUGUUCCUCGGCGCGCGGCGCACCUACUGCCCGUUCCCGGACUGCUCCGAGAUGAUGGUGGCGGACGAGGACGGCGGCGGCGGCGGCGCCGAGGGGAGCGUGACCCAGUCCGAGUGCCAGGUGUGCAGACGGCUGUUCUGCGCGCGGUGCGGCGUGGCGCCGUGGCACGUCGGCGUGACCUGCGACGAGUACCAGCGGCUCGCCAGGGUCAGGGAGGACACGAAGCUGUACGAGAUGGCCGAGGCGAUGAAGUGGAAGCGGUGCCCCAAGUGCCAGUUCUUCGUGGAGAAAGUCGAUGGCUGCCAACACAUUAGAUGCAGGUAA